CUAAGAGCGUGAGUCCCAGAAAAGAACCUAGUAUUAAAAUAUUAAAUAAAUAAUGAAAGGAGAGACCAACCAACGGUGUUGAUAAACCUCAUUCUCUCAUCUCAGUCGUCUCCUCUUUCCUCUCUUCUCCAGCGUCGGAUCCCCUCUCUUUCUUCCCCUCGUAAUCCAAUCUCCCUCUCUCCCGCCCUUUUCUUUUCUUUUUUUUUUUUCAUUUUUCCCACCAAGGGUUUUCGCUAUGGCGGAUGCCCCGGCGGCACCUGCUCCGGUGAGUCCCGGCGGAGGAAGUCACGAGAGCGGCGAGCAGAGCCCGAGAUCGAACGUGCGAGAACAGGACAGGUAUCUUCCUAUCGCUAACAUUAGCCGUAUCAUGAAGAAGGCUCUUCCUGCGAACGGGAAGAUCGCUAAAGAUGCAAAAGAGACCGUACAAGAGUGUGUCUCUGAGUUUAUCAGCUUCAUCACCAGCGAAGCUAGUGAUAAGUGUCAGAAAGAGAAGAGGAAGACUAUUAACGGGGAUGAUCUGCUUUGGGCUAUGGCAACUUUAGGGUUUGAAGAUUACAUCGAUCCUCUUAAGAUUUACCUUACUAGAUAUAGAGAGAUGGAGGGUGAUACCAAGGGGUCAGCUAAGGGUGGAGAUGCAUCUGCUAAGAAAGAUGUCCAACCAAGCCCAAACCCUCAGCUCAUUCAUCAAGGUUCAUUCUCGCAAGGUGUUAAUUAUGCCAAUUCUCAAUCACAGGCCCAUCUGAUGGUUCCUAUGCAAGGCACUGAGUAGACAUUCACCCUGCAGCCAAUUCCAUUAUCUAAAUCCCAUUCAAUAUCUUAUUUCAGUGCCGCAACAAAUACUAUGGCUAUUCCCAUCCGAUGUGAAAGCUGACAAUUUGGAUGGUUUUCGUCCUCUUAGGUUGUAAGCUGUUAAUUUCUAGUAAUGUUUGUAUAUCAGGUGUUCUUUGCAAUAGAUUUCCCUUUCUGCUGGAUUGUGUAAAUCUGGGGAGGUUGUUAUAGAUUUGAUCUCUUGGGGAGGACAUAGUAUUCUGGUAUGACAUUGUUUAGGAAACUUCUCAUGCUUCUGUUCAUUCUAUCUCUAUAUGACUUUGAACAAUGUAAGGUUGAAUGGACAACAUUAUUUAUUUGAUGAUUUCUCCUGUCUGUUAAA